GUUCCCGCAGCAACAGGGAAGAUGGCAGCUCACACAUCUCUCACUCAGUUGUCAAGUGGGAACCCUGUAUAUGAGAACUUUUACAGACAGGUGGAUCCUGUGAAUACAGGGAGAGUAGGACCAACAGAAGCUGCUUUGUUCCUGAAAAAGUCUGGACUUCCUGACAUUACAUUGAGAAAGGUAGGCAAAGGUUACACUAGUUGUUUUUUCUCUCAGGGAUUUUUCGUAGCUCUGCGCCUGGUGGCCUGUGCUCAGAGCGGGCAGGAAGUCAGUCUGUCAAGCCUCAAUCUCACAGUCCCUCCCCCAAAGUUUAAGGACACCAGCAGUCCCUCUCUAAGCAGCACAGCAUCUGCCUCCGGCGAAUUACACUGGGCUGUCAGGCCUGAGGAGAAGAGCAAAUUUGAUGGGAUUUUUGAAAGUUUGGCUCCAGUCAAUGGCCUGCUAUCAGGAGAAAAGGUCAAACCAGUCCUAAUCAACUCCAAGCUCCCCCUGGAUGUUCUUGGGAAGGUUUGGGACCUGAGCGACAUCGAUAAAGAUGGCCAUCUAGACAAAGAUGAGUUCGCAGUGGCCAUGCACCUGGUGUACCGGGCACUGGAGAAGGAGCCUGUUCCUGCGCUCCUCCCCUCUGUCCUUGUCCCUCCGUCUAAGAGAAAGAAGAGUCUGGGCUCAGUGGCCGGCUCAGUGCCUGGACUGCCAGCAAGCCCUCCACCACCAAAAGACUCACUGCGCUCCACACCCUCCCAUGGCAGCAUGAACUCACUCAACAGCACUGGCAGCCUGUCGCCCAAACACACGCUGAAGUCAGGACAGCAUACAGUGAACUGGGUGGUCCCAGUCUCAGACCGUGGUCGCUAUGACGACAUCUUCCUGAAGACUGAUGCCGAUCUGGACGGUUUUGUCAGCGGCCAUGAAGUGAAGGAGAUCUUCAUGCAGUCUGGACUUUCUCAGAAUGUCCUUGCCCACAUAUGGGCUCUGGCAGACACAAGGCAGAUAGGCAAGCUGACCAGGGAGCAGUUUGCCCUCGCCAUGCAUCUCAUCCAGCAGAAAGUCAGCAAGGGCAUCGACCCUCCACAGGCCCUGACUGCUGACAUGAUCCCCCCCUCUGAGAGAGGCACUCCUGUACCAAGUAUGUCAGGAUAUAUGACCCCAGUGGGAUCAGAGAUGGCUGCUCUGUCUGAGAUGAGACGGGACAGCUCUAGUUCAGUGGGUUCAGGGGAGUUCACUGGCAUCAAAGAAUUGGAUGACAUCAGCCAGGAGAUAGCCCAGCUGCAGAGGGAGAAGUACACUCUUGAACAGGACAUCAGGGAGACAGAAGAGGCCAUCAGACAUAAGAGUGCAGAGGUGCAGGAGAUGCAGAAUGACCUGGACAGAGAGACUGCCAGCCUGCAGGAACUGGAGGCCCAGAAACAAGAUGCCCAGGACCGCCUAGAGGAGAUGGACCAGCAGAAACAUAAAUUAGAGGACAUGCUGAAUGAAGUCCGGAUGAAGUGCCAGGAAGAGUCUCAGAUGAUCUCGACCCUCCAGAGUCAGAUACACUCCCAGGAGUCAGACUUGCAGAGCCAGGAGGAAGAGUUGAGCCGGGCAAAGGCCGACCUGGGCCGGCUGCAGCAGGAGGAGAACCAGCUGGAGCAGAGCCUAGCUGCUGGCAAGAUCCAACUGGAGACCAUCAUCAAGUCACUGAAGGCCACGCAGGAUGAGAUCAACCAGGCUCGUAGUAAGUUGUCUCAGAUUCAGGACAGCCAACAGGAAGUGUCUAAAAACAUUGAGCAGUACAACAGCACCUUGAAUGGAACCCAUGGAGGCAGUAUGACCAACCUGGCUGACAUGAGCGAGGGCUUCAGCGACAGAGAGAAUGGAGGAUUCCCAGCCAUGGUGAGAGCAGCACAGGAGGAUCCAUUCAAAGUGAAACCGUCUGUGUUCAACAGCCAGCCUCAGGAUGUUCACGCUGACCCCUUCAACUCUGAAGAUCCCUUCAAAACAGACCCAUUCAGAGGUGACCCUUUCCAAAACGAUCCUUUUGCAAAGCAGCCAUCAGCAUCCACAGGUAUUUAUUUGGGGAAAGGAGCUCAGUUACAUUGCCUUAAUCUGGUCACCGCAGGAAGUCUAGUAAAAUUCACAACAAAAAUCGGUUAAGUUGAAUUGGAUCAGCCUGGUCACUUGGUGGGACAAAGUAAAGCUGGGGAGUGGACCUUGGGUUGAGAUUAUAUGUUCACAUAUAAACAAAACAGUUACAGUGUCGACUGCUGUAUUCCUGCUACAGCUAUUUUGAAUGGGGUUUAGUGCACAUAUACAAUAUAGGAAUUUCAGAAAACAGGAUUUGGUGUGAAAUUAUAAUGUGUGUGUAUAUUGUUCAUUAUACAAAUAUUGUGAAUCUGCUCUAUCAGUUUGUCCUCCACCUCUUUAAACAUGUUGUGCUUUUACAUAAAACAAAGCAUGU